CGUUCAUACUGCGAUCAAAUUUUUCCGCUGUAAACUUCCAUUAGGUGGCUCCUGACAAGCAAGUUUGUAAUACAGGGAAGACCCAAGCCGAGGUUGCACACCUCUAGGGCUGUAAAUGGCAUCGACCGGCGACGCCGCGUCUCCAGGGCCAGGCGAUGGAGCCGCUCCGGAGCCGCAGAAGAAGCUCUGGGCGGACGAGGCCGACGAAAGCGGCCCUCCUCCCGGCUUCAGCGGGGUCGAGGAUGCGGUCAAAGGCCUAACGGAGAAGCUGGAGACAGCAGCCAAGGUUGAGGAGGGCGACGUGGAUGAGCCCGACCUGUCCCUCAAGAGUGAGGGGUUGCGGGAGCGGCCCGAGGCGGAAAUCACAACCAAGACAGAGGGUGACUCCAUCUACUCCUCCGCACACAAGUUUGAGGAGCUACCGCUCAGCCCCGAGCUGCUAAAGGGUUUGUACGUGGAGAUGAAGUUCGAGCGGCCCUCCAAGAUCCAGGCGCUCACCAUGCCCAUGAUCCUGACACCCCCGCACAAGGACCUCAUCGCGCAGGCGCACAACGGCAGCGGCAAGACCACCUGCUUCGUGCUGUCUAUGCUGUCUCGCGUCAACCCCUCCCUGAAGGCCCCCCAGGCGCUCUGCAUCUGCCCCACUCGCGAGCUGGUGGUUCAGAACCUGAGUGUUCUGCGCCGCAUGGCUCGGUAUACGUCCAUCACCGCCACCUCCACCGCCAGUGAGACGGAGGCGGGCGGGGCGGGGGGCAUCCGCAGGGAGCCCAUCAACGAACAGGUCAUCAUCGGAACGCACGGCAAGCUCAAAAACUGGGUUCAAAAGCGGCUGCUCGACCUGGACCGCGUCGCCAUCCUUGUCUUCGACGAGGCCGAUGAGAUGCUCAAAGCAGACGGCUUCGCAGACGACUCCGUGCGCCUCAUCCGCCUCAUACGCAAGAAGAACCCGGGCGUGCAGCUGCUGCUGUUCUCCGCCACAUUCAACGACAUUGUGAAGCGCUUCGCGGUCAGCAUCGCGCCGCAAGCCAACCAGGUGUUCGUGGCCAAGGAGCAGCUCAGUCUGGAUGUGAUUGCGCAGUACAACGUGCGGUGUCCGGACCGCAACGCCAAGACGCGGGUACUCAAGGAGAUGAUCUUCCCCAACUGCGAGCGGCUGGGGCAAACCAUGAUCUUCGUGCGCACCCGGGAUACGGCCAAGUCCCUGCACAGUGAGAUGGAGCGCGACGGCUACAAGUGCACCUCCAUCACCGGAGACAUGCAGCACGCGGACCGAGACCGGGUGGUGCAGGAGUUCAGGGACGGCACCACCAAGAUCCUCAUCUCAACGGAUGUGCUGUCACGAGGGUUCGACGUCAGCCAGGUGACGCUGGUGAUCAACUACGAUGUCCCGGUGGAGCGAGACGGCGUCACGCCCGCCUACGAGACCUACCUGCACCGCAUCGGCCGCUCGGGGCGGUUCGGACGCAAGGGCGCGGCGUUCAACCUCAUGAGCACGGGGCAGGACGUGGAGGUGAUGACCAAGAUCUCGACCUACUUCAAGAAGACCAUCGACUCGCUCAAAUUUGACGAUGAAGACGAAUUCGUCGAGGUUCUCGACAAGACUCUGUGAGGGGCGCGAGAGCGGAGGGGCGAGGGGGGGGGGCCUGAAGAGAAGGAGCAAAAAUAAGGAAAACUGAC